GAUUUUAUUUGAUGAGUAACUGUCAACAUUACAUCUGUGAACUGUGGGUAAUUUAAUUUAUGAUGAUUUAUUUCAGAUACUACUGUGACUAUUGUGAUACAUACCUCACUCAUGACUCUCCUUCUGUAAGAAAAACACAUUGCAGUGGUCGUAAACAUAAAGAAAAUGUUAGAUUAUAUUACCAAAAAUGGCUAGAAGAACAAGUACAAAAAUUGGUGGAUGACACAACGGCUGCAUUCAAGGCAGGUGUUGCAGGUCAACCCAAGCCUCCAGUGCCAGGUGCGAUGCCUGGCCCACCAGCUGGUGCUAUGCCAGCACCUAUGGGUGGACCCAUGCCAGCUCCUAUGCCAUUGAUGGGCCCUGGUCCUCCAGGUCCUAGACCUAUGAUGAUGCCAGGAGGUAUGAGACCACAAAUGGUGCCAAUGGGUGGCAUGGGUAUGGGUCCACCAAUGGGAAUGCAGUUCAGGGGCGGACCUCCAAUGAUGGGCGGGCCUCCACGUAUGAUGAACAGAUAAUGCUGGCAAAAAUCUUUACUCAUAGUUGUAGGAGUGUGAAUAAUUUUUACAAAUUUUAAAGAGGAUUGUCUUAUGUAAGAAACAUUUUCUUGGGAAAAUUGUGUGUUUUGAGAUAAAAAGUAAUGUCUUUAAAAUCCAUUGGAAACUAUUUACAAGAGAAAAAACAUAGCAUUAACAUCAUUGUUAACAUUAUGUUGUGUAUUUCAAGUUGACAUUUUAUUAUAGGCCACAUUUUGUAUCAUUAAGGUUUCUUCAAAUUGUUUUUACAUUGUUCAUUUCUUGUACGAUUCCUUUAAAAGGCUUGACUGAAAAAGUUCAUCUUGUCAUGGAAACUUAUGUGUCUGUUUUUUACAACUUUUCUUAUUUACCCAUUCUCACAUGACAUUUGAAUUCAUUGUUUUUGUAAGUCACUCUUGGGCAGAUUACCAUAAUACAGGUCAUAAAAUGAGACUCAUUUGUGUGUGUACAGUUCAGCAAAUCAUUGUUUAAAAUUCAUGUAGAUCUGAGUGAUGCAAGAUUCUUUAAACGCCAUAGUUUGUUUUUAAAUGUCCGACAAGAGCAAACUCUGUUACAUGAAAUAUAUUAUUUCUGUUGUAAAUUUUUGUACUAAAUAUGUGCAAUUAAAGUAUUAAAAUCUC